AUGGGCCAGCGGAGGCCUGCUGCCCAGGAGGCCUGUGCCGAGGACCCUGGCUGUGCCCACGGGAAAUUGAAUUCAGAGCUCCUUCUGAAUCGUAAAUCCAGGGCAGCUGGCAGCUUGCCCAGGGCAGCUGGCGCGAAAGCGCAGGAGCGUCUGCGUCUGGCCGACCCCUCUGAGGGUGGGCCCCAGGUGUGCCGGCUGGGGAUUCGGUUCCAGCCUUAA